CGAAUCAAGGCGGUGGGACGUGUCGUAAUGGAACGACGGAGCAAGAAGACGGAACGAGCCGUGUUGCUGUCUCUGGAGCGACGUCUAGCAAAGGUGGAGCGUGGCGUGUGGUUCCUUUUGAAGCAACGUCGUCAAGCGAAGGUGGAUCUCGUUGUGUGGUUUCUGCUGUAACGACGGGCGAGAAGUUGAAUGAGUAUUGUGGCUCCACUUCUGGAACUAUAGAUCGAGAGGGCGGAGCUCGUCGUGUCGCUCAAGUAGUCCAUCUCGGUUGGAAAAAAGGGUCGUACCCAAAAUGAAGUUGAGACCAGAAAUAUUGCCCAAAACGGAGACACGAUCUUGACACUUCAACAUGACCGCUACAAACACGUUUUCACGCGCGAAGUUGGUUUUUCUCAUGAAGGUACCCGACAGGUACGCUGGUCGUUAUGCGCGCUGACGUGCAACAUGCACUGCGAAAGCCCCCUCUGGUUGCAUUGGUUUGUGCAGGAUGUGGCCCUUCGCGGAUCCCGAGCUCGGAGUGGUGACAAUGUGCGGGAUCUGCGGGUACUCGCUCAUGCACUUGUAUUACGUAGUGGGGUAGUACGGCGACGGAGUGUAGACUUUCGGGGUGACGUCAACCUGCAAUGCAUUGAACACCUUGGUGUUGCUCUCGGCCCACGCCGAUUUGAUUUGACUGUGGCUGCUGCUGCAGCGACGCCGAGGUGGCUGACGCUCACGCCAAAGCCACGAGCUACUGCGGCGCAGUGGCCAAGUGCCACACGCACUUAUCGUGU